AACCAUCUUAAUUGUGCAUCAUUUUCGGGUCUUUACCAAUAGAAAGAUGUGCAUACAAAUAUGUAGGGGAGGUACAUGUGGGGGAGGUGCAUGAUAAAAGGCAUGCUAGUUUAAUUAGCACAUUCUCAAUACUUAAUAAUUAGGGAUAGGAGAGUCUUUUCUACACAACCAUAAUUUGUCUUAAAAACUCUAGGAUGACUUACAUUCCAGGAUGGAGGGAGUAUCUUGUUAACGCUUUUGCGUAGAACAUGAAAAACAGCCUAGCAUAUGUGAUAUGUAUGGGUAGGGAAUCGAUGCAUCAUCCGCUCCAAAAGGGUGCUUAAAUUAUCAUACUUAAAAAACGGAAUCCUAUGGCUCAAACUAACUACAGCAAUGUUCAAGAUAAACUUUGACAAGUCUAUCUAGUUAUUCCCCAAGGUUUAUCCUUGUGUUUGUCCUACUACAUCACAACACCAGCUUAGCAACAGAUGCCACAUUCAUUAGAGUGCCUGAGAGAUAACAUUUUAAAGAUAUGUAAAAUUUUAUAAUGAUGAUAAAAAAAAUUUAUACCAGGCAACCACCAGACAGUCAACCAUCUCAAUAUCCAAUGGGCACAAUUUUUCACUACGACAGCAGACACUAUCACCGCCAAAUCCAAAUCGGCAUCACCGCCGGUUUGGCACCCGUUGGAUUUCGGCAGCCCUAAGGAAGCCUAUCACCAUCCGGUGCACAACCAGCGGUACUGCCGAUUAAAAACACACAAAAAAAAAGAAAAAUCCCGCGUGUCCACUGAUGGUCCUGCCCACCGCCUCGACCACACUAGCUGCCCCACACGCCGGUGGCCCGCGCACAGUACCCUGCGAAAAUAUAAAUACGACACCCUGAAAUACUCUCGGAUAAAAUGCUACAAUGACAUCCGUCCGCUUACAGAUUUAUUUGUGACGUAAGAAAUGCUAGCUAGCAUAUGGUGCUCACACUCUUCAUCACUAGAAUAUCUGGUUCCUGCUUUCUUCACUUAUGUGCACCUGAUCCAAUACCACAUGUACCGUUUCUCAGGUGUCGGACUAUUUUGUGUUGAGAAUUUCAGCAGUCGUAGUUGUCGAAUUCAAUCCAAUCUUUGUCUCUAUUAUAAUGUUUAUUCAUGUAUUACACCAGUGAGAUCUCUUCAUAUAUUUUUGAUGUAUGUGUUAGUCUCGUUGACUAUAUUAUUAUUUUCACUUUCACAAAAAUCACAAUAUGCCCAAGCUAGGGCCAUGCUAGCUAUAGCUAGCUUGCUAGCAAGGUAGCUAUCAUAUCCAAGGUCCAACUCUGCACCUACUCACAUUCAGAUAGUUAGUUUGCAUAUGAAAGAUCAUUAAAACAAUCAGCAUAAGGGUAUUGCCGCUGAAGUUAAACAAUUGGUACAUGAUUCAUCGAAACAUACUCUUUUUCAUUCUUUUUAAGAAUGUUCAUCUUUGGAGGGAAAAUAUUUAUAUGGUUGUGAACCCUAUGGACCUACAGCUGAAGUUUCUUAGAUAUUACCAAUUUCUAUAAUUUAUUACUACCGAUACAGAACAAAAUGCUGACUUGUUAAUUUUUUUUUUGAAAGAAGAUUAUUCACAUUACUUUCUUUAGCCAGAAUAAAUAUUGUGGUUUUGGACAUACAAGUUUUGAAAUUUUGGAUCCUUUAUUAUCAUUAUUUUUUUGAGUAUUAGAUUGGGAACAAUUAAGAAAGAAAACAAAAUUUAGAUUCGCGUAAUGAAGUACUUCUUUUGUCUGUUCGCUGUAUAAAUGUAUCAAUAUGUUCAUAUUUUUAAAAGAUUUUAACAUGAUGUUAAUUCUGUAGGAGUUGACUUAACAUUGUACUGUAAACUUGUGACAAUUAGUAAGGCCAGGUGAGUCAUAGUUUGUGCUAUGCAGGUAUGCAGUGCCAGCGUGCUUAAACUACUACGGUAUUCGGGAUACCACGCCAUCCUAUGCUGCCAUCUUCCUAAACUUAGUUCCUCUCAUCACCUUCAUUCUAUCCAUAGUUUUCAGAAUGGAGAAAUUGCGAUUCAAGACUGUGACCGGAUCACUGAAGGUAGCAGGCAUCCUGCUUUCUGUAGGAGGUACAAUGUUCCUUAGCUUUUACAAGGGCAGGAGUCUGCAUCUUUGGGGUUCUAUUUUACAUUACCACUCAUACGAGAAGGAAUAUGCUGCAAACCAUCAUGUAAGAGGAACAGUCCUCUUGCUAGGCAGCAGCCUCGCCUUUGCAUGCUGGUACCCAAUUCAGUCAAUGGUCAAUAAAGUGUAUCCACAUAAGUAUUGGUCAUCCCUGGUGACAUGUUUUCUUGGAGGACUUCAGACAACACUAAUUGGAAUAAUACUAAGAAGAGAUGGGAAUACCUGGAAGCUUGGAUGGGAUCUACAACUUCUGACCAUUGUGUACACGGGGGUAUUGGCAACAGCAGUGAGAUACAAUCUGGAGUCAUGGGCCGUUACCAAGCGAGGCCCAGUGUACCCACCAAUGUUUAUCCCAUUGAUAACUGUCUUCACUACUGUUUUGGGCUCCAUAUUUUUAGGGGAUGCAAUUACCAUUGGAAGCCUCCUUGGUGCAGCAAUAGUAAUAACGGGGCUCUACAUUUUCCUCUGGGGUAAAUCAAAAGAGCUGCACAGAAAGUAAAUAGUUUACGUAACAAAAUUCUUGUAACUACAAAAAGCCAAAAAAAUGUCUUUUUAUGCUGUUAAGGGAUUAGCAUAAUUCAGGGUUAAGUUAUAUGGAAUAGACAUUACUUACUGGACAUAUGGUUCUGCUUCAGCUUCUGUGAAAUGCAAGGAUUCUCUAGCUUACUAGCAA